UUCAUGUGAUAAAACUGAUUUACCUGCCCUGCCCAUCUGCCGCCCUUGCUAGCUCAGCUGCCGAACAGGUAAUACAGGUGAGACUAUGCUGCACAGAUUUGUUGCGCGUAGCCCCACACACCGUCACUGUUGUCAGAAAGCAGAACAACCGAAAACCCCUUCAGUGUUAGGAGGGUAAGGAGGCUACAAGUUCCCGCUCGUUGGAACAUCGCAAUUGAGCAGAACAGGAGAGCAGCGACAAGACGUGUUUGUGCCCUACGUGUCUCCUACUGUGAAUUUGAUGUCUGUCCCCCUCGGUCCAGACAUGCCUGUGCCAGUACCUAAACCACGGGCACGGUACAAGCGGGCUGGUGGGAGCUUACAGAGCCAGCUCUCUUCUGAGAGGGAUUUUCUAUGUGAUACAACUGACCCAGCGGCAAGUACAGGAAAUCCUAGCAAAGGUGUUCCACCCACAAAUGAUUUGCUGGUAGAAAGUGAAGACAACCAUGCCAUUAUCCUAAAUAAACCUCCGUUCAGCCCUGCUAUCCCCAGCCCGGCUAAUGAGAAUCAAAGCCAGCAUAACUUCCCUCUCUCCAGAUCUGAUUCUGGAGUGACUCUGUCUUGCCCAUUACUGGGCAGUAAGGAUCCAGAUGGACUCCACAACAGAUCUGCCUGGUCAUCCACCCCUCCAUACAGUUCUGCUGCAGAUUAUGACCCCGAUAUCACUGUAGUAGCUGACUGGGCAAAAGACCUUGGAUCGGAAUCUUCCAAUGACGAUGAUGCCGUUACUGGAGAAAUGAAGAACCCAUCUCAGAUGAACAAUGUGGUGUCAAGGCAGGUUGGUGUUGUCCCCAAUGGAGAAACCCCUCAGCCUCCUGUGGAACAGGCGUCUAUGCAGACCAGACCAAUCAAACAAAAGACCCCACGUGCUGCCACCAUCCGCGUCAGCAGGAGAAAGCAGGCAGCAGUGAGCGGUGGUGGUGCCCAGAUAGCAGAGUCCUCUCGUAGGGAGAGUGUUGUGUCCAGAUCCAGCUGGCUGGAUGUAUGGAAGGGACGCAGGCAUAAUGUUCUGUGGGCCACCCUGGAUGGACAGUUGGUAUCACUAUGGAAGAAACGCACAGACAAGUUCACAGACAUAGUGUUCCACGUGUCAAGCAUCACCGACGUCCGUAAGCAGGAGAAAGGACGCUUCUCCGUUUACUUCAGCAAGAAACACUUUGAGUUCAUGGCACACAACAAAGAGGUGCAGGAGGGCUGGGUGACUUCCAUUCUGGCUUCUCGUGGGCGAGAACCCCCAGUCCCUCCGGAGCAGCAUGGAGCCCUGACCAUGAAGGGCCCUCGCAACAACAGAGUGUACGCUGCCAUCUGUGGACACAACCUAUGGAUCUACAACAAUAAAGAGGACUUCCAGUUGGGGGUUGGGAUGACCUUUGUGUCCAUGAACGUGGCGUCAGUGAAGCAGACUGGCCGUCAUAGCUUCAGCCUCAUCACACCGUACAAAACCUUCAAUUUCUCCACAGACUCAUUGAGGGAGCUGGGCGUGUGGCUGGAGAGCCUGACCCAGGUGAUCCGCUGUGCCCUGUCAUGCAGCGAGGUGGCCGAGCGACUCUGGGCCAGCCCAUGGAACAAAGUGUGUGCCGACUGUGGCUGUGCCAACCCUGAGUGGGCCUCAGUCAACCUGCUGGUGGUCAUCUGUGAGGCUUGUGCAGGCCAGCAUCGGUCUUUGGGCAUGCAUGUGUCCAAAGUGAGAAGCCUGAAGUUGGACAUUAAAGUGUGGACUGAACCUCUGAUUCUGCUCUUUGUCCAUUAUGGGAACAAAGCAGCCAAUGAUGUGUGGGCUCACAACGUGCCGGGUGCAGAGCAGAUCCUGCCGGACUCCUCUGUGGAUCAGAGGGGGGAGUUCAUUAGGGCCAAGUACACCAAAGGUCGAUACAGACGGACCCAUCCGUUAGCCUCCAGCCAGAACCUGCUCAACAAGAGGCUGUGUGAGAUAGUGUGUGGCCCUAACGUCCCAGAGACCAUGUCCCUGCUGUGCUCGGGGGCGCGGGUCCUGUGCCACUCAGGGGACCCUCAUUGCUCAUCACCCAUCUCACUGGCAGAGCGGGCUGGACAGGCCAUGCAGACUGAGCUCCUCAGACACAACGAGUACACAGAGCCCCCUGCCUAUGCUCAUCAGAAGCCCAGCAGAGACCCUGCUACCUCUGUCCCCUUGUCUGCUGCAGCAGGAGAGGAGCUCCAUGGGAAGUUGGAGGAGGACCGCUUCCUGUUCUCCCAGGAGAACGACUCUGCUGCCUGUGAUGUUCUGGACCUGAGGGAGGUCAUCUCCAUCUUCGACUGCUCCAACGGACCAACUCAUGCAUUUGAGAUGGUGACUCUGACGGACCAGUUGCUGUGCAGUUCUGAUACAGAAGAUGGUUUACUCAUACACCUUCUCCAUAUUCUCAAGGUGGUGUUGCCCGGGCCCAUAGAGGAGGAGCUGGACAGGGGGUUUGCUAUGUCCCGGGUGUCUCUGAGGGAGGGAGGAGGCCUGCAGCACAACGAGGUCUGGGCAGUGCUCCGUGGAGGUCAGGUCCUCAUCUAUCCUACUGACCAGCAGCGCCACAGAGAAAUGCUAACACUCAACCUCGAGACGCAAUACAAGAUAGAUUCCUCUGAGAACACCAUAGAGCUGGUCACUGGAGAGAGAACCAUGUCCAUGCAGUUUGAACGAGACCACAGCUGUCAGUCCUGGCACAGCCUACUGAAACGGGCAGUGUCCACAGAGAGGAAGCUGUACCAGCUGCCCCCCAACGCCAUUGGCAAUGUGCCCCCUGCCAUCGAGAGGUGUAUCUCACACAUCACACAAUAUGGUUUAAAGGUGGAUGGGCUGUACCGGCGCUGUGGCUUGGCCACAAAGAUCAGUUGUCUGGUGGAGGCCCUCAGCAGUUCACCUACAACUACACCUCUGGAGACAGACGAAGAGGGUCUCCUGGACGCUGCGGGGGCCCUGAAGCAGUAUGUCCGCCAGCAGGUGGUGCUCAUCCCAGAAACACACAGGAAACUGUGGGUGGAGGCCGCAGCUCACACAGAAGAGACCUUUAGACUGACUACAUACCGCAGACUACUGAAGAAGCUGCCCCCUGACAACAGAAUCACACUCAACGCCCUCUGCGGACACUUCUACAUAGUUCAGCAGUAUAGUGCAGAGAACCGUAUGACAGCUCAGAACCUGGCGCUGGUGUUUGUCCCCACACUAUUCCAGGAGCUGGCCAUGAACACUGACAUGGUGCAGCUCACCAGAGAGCUCAUUAUCCACUACACACUCCUCUUCCUGGGUAAAGAAGAGGAGUCUGACAUGGAGAGUGAAGAACUAAUAACUAAGUUAUAGAAAAAAUAUACAGUACCAGUCAAAUGUUUGGACACACCUACUCAUUCCAGGGUUUUUCUUUUUUUUGGUACUACAUAUGGAAUCAUGUA